GCCGACGACAGCCGGUGAUCCCAGAAGACGUGAUUACUGUUUUCGAUUAAAGGCCAAGCCGCGUCCUUUGGGUGUUCUUGCGCCUUGUAAAGGCAAACUUGUUUGACUUGGUAUCCCUUUUACUUUCCCUUUGAAGUAACUGACGGUUACUUGACCGGCUUACGCUUCCUGCAUCAUCCCGUCGCGUUACUUUCCUUACGACAUCUGUUUCUCGACCGUGACGCUGCCACUGCUGCUCCUUCCGUUUUACCACCAUGUCCGAUUCCUAUAAUUCCAGCCAGUCCUGGACUUACCCCCGCUACGGGCAUGUUCAGUUAGAACAUGAAUACGGUUUAUCGACCUCCGACCCUUCGCAAAGGUCUUACAACGAUGCGAUCCAGCCUCAGCAGAAUUACAAUCUCUCCGGCUCGUAUGCAUCCAGUACGUCUUUUGGUCAGUCCUACGUCUCUGGACCGCAGUCGGAACGAAUACCAUCCUACCCGAACGAUGGACAGCGCUCCAGGACCGACGCUGGCCUCUACGUUCCCGAAGCAAUGUUCGGCUCAUCGCAGCAGAAUCAUUUCGCCAAUGCCUUUCCUUCCAACUCUUCCCUUGGCUCGGAUUCCAAUUUUACCAUGUUUAAUGGCGCUUAUACCUUCCCGCCUGAUAGUUCCAUCUCCACAAACCCUCGUUCCGGCACAUCUGAACGAAUAGCCGCACCGGUUCUGUCUACUUCCCCCGCUCCGAUGCAGCGUACGUUUUCGGCGGGUCCCGCUCCGCAGCCGUACUUUCAGCAUCCUUCUAUCCCCGCCAGCAGCAAUUCGGCUUUGUCUCCUCAACCCAAAGCUAAAAGACAGCGCCUUCCUGAUGGCGGAGCUGAGGAGGACGAUGAGGUUACGGGCGAGAACAAGGACGAUAUUAAGGCGAAGCCCCGCGCUUGCGCCCGAUGCAAGAAUCUCAAAGUCAGAUGCGAAUUCAAAACGGAUACAGAUCCUUGCAAACGCUGCUUGAAUGGCGGACAUGAAUGUGUAAUUCCUGGCAAGAAGAAAAGGCGUGUUCCACCGAAACGUGAGCACUUGAUGAAUGAAAUCCGCGAGCAGGCCGAGCAUAUCCAGAGGCUCAUGGCUCAGCUCGACGAAUCCAAUAAGAAACUCCAAGCGCCCCCAGUACCAUUAAAAUCCGAAACCUUUUCGUCGCAAAGCCCAUCCCCUUCUUUGCACUCUCCCGUACUUUCACCAUCCUCUACCCAUGGCUCAUCAUACUUUAGCUCUGAGGCACCUUCUGAUCCCAAGGCUAACGUCGAUGCAGAAGCAAAUAAAAAGAUUGAGGCUUGGAUAUCCCAAGCGCGAUCUAGCUUCGCAGAAUUCGAAGGAUUCAUUAGUAUCGGAUUACCGAAGAGUUACGUCGUGGACCACGAUCCUGAGGAUUCUAGUGAAGAGGACGUCGAUGUCAGCCACGAUGAAGAAGGGGGCUACGAGUUUGCUGUCGUAGACUCCGAUGCAGAAGGAUGGACUCCGGACGCCAUCGAGAAUCGUAAGAAGAAUUCACGCCGACGCUCAUCAGGGUCGAGUGUAGGUAGUAAUGUCACUCGAGCAAGUACUGGAGCUCGGAAGAAGGACUCUGGCGAUAAGUUGGCAACCCUACCUAGUGAAGCGGUGCCAUUUGGAUUGAUGGCUGGGUUAAGUCUCAAGAAAAACCGACAUAGAGGAGGCAGCGUGGAAGCCGAAGAACAUGGUGAUGACAAGGCGAACGUGGGAGUUGCUAGUGAUGAGUUCUUCACUAGGCCUGCAUCCAACGCGCGAAGUACUGAGCUUAGUCAAGCUAUAGAAGCUCCGCAUAUUCUGACUCGUGGUAUAAUCACACCCCUUGAGGCCGAAAAACUCUUUUCCAUUUUCUUCGACCGAAUGAAUCUGUCCUUAUCUUUAGUGGACCCAGUGUUGUAUACGGCCCAGCGGACGUGUCUUCGAAGUCCUUUCAUGUUUACUGUUAUAUGUGCAAUAGCUUCCCGGUAUUACGCGGAACGUCCCGACUUAUAUCCUCAAGCCAUGCAUUUUGCUCAGCUAGCUGCAGGAACUGCCUUAAUAGGCGGACCGAAAAAUAUCGAGAUGUGUAUCGGCUACAUACUGCUGAGUUUGUACCCCGUCCCAUCCAGGAGAUGGGAGGAUCAACGAGGUUGGUUAUACCUUGGGCUUGCUAUCAGAAUCGCUACCGACCUAAACCUCCAUCUCCCGAACACUGCAAAACCGUUAAAUGAGAACCACGCCCGAGAAAUGCUUAAUCGCACCCGGGUGUGGCUCAAUUGCUUUAAUCUAGACCGAUCAACCGGCUCUCAGUAUGGAAAGGCGCCAAUCAUCAGCAACAUGGACUACACAGCCAACCAUUCCGAGAACUGGUGGCAGAGUUCAGUCUAUAACCUCAAGAAUUUCGAUAUUCAUAUCAGCUGUUACAACGCCGACCUCAGGGUAAUGGGCAGGUUCCUGGCACGUAUUUACAACGAUCCCAACCAUCCGACCGGUCUCAACAAGGAGGUUGAUAUCUCUCGCGUCGCCACGGAAACGGAUGAGGAACUUAAGGAGCUCAAAGAGAAGUGGAUGGCCCUACUGAACCAGACCGACCUCUCUGAUCCUCAAAACUAUUUCCGUAUCGGACUGCUCAAGCUGGCCUUCAGUUACGCCAGAUUAGUCGCGCUGUCUUUUGGGUUCCAGCAUGUCUUUAGCAAGAAAUACGACGUUGAAAAUCCCUUUUUGAUCCGUUGCCUUGCUGCAGCCUGCGACGUUGUUGACGUGAUGGUGAAUGAAUUGGGUCGGACCGAACAAAGAGUAUAUCUUCGACACGGACCGGAAGCGCAGAAGGUCUUUACAACUUUUGCGGCAGCCUUUCUAGUGAAGCUUCUCCAACCGAAAUUCGCACCAUACCUGUCUCCCGAGCAGUGUGAACAUAUACGGGGCCGGGUUCAGAAUGUUAUCGACCUGUUUGGUUCGCCGGAGGUUGCAAUUGACGACCGUCACGGACCUAAACUGUACUCCCGUUUCUUGAAAGGCCUUCUUGCAAUGGUUGUUGAUAGCCGCGGCAAAGUCCGCAGACCCAAAUCGUCCUCGUCGAUGCCCACGACGGAGAAUGCGAGCCGUUCUUCAUCGGUCUUUGCUGCUUCGCCUGCAACGACAACUCAUUCCCUCUCGCCUCCUCCCUCGCAAGCGGCCAUGUCAUUUGAACAGUUUGCUCCUGCUGGCGGCGUUGCGGAUCCGUUUGCCCCAACCGGCCUUCCAGUUGAACAAAUGGACACCAUGCAAGGGUUGCUUGCUCCCGAUACCGAGUAUUUCAGACCGCCUCUUCCGUUUGAUAACGACAUUUUGCAGAGCAUGCAAUCUCUUACCGAUCCUUCUGUUUGGCAGGAUAUUGCCUUACCUGGCUUUGAUUGGAUGUCGAACUUUCGCGACACCAACUUCUCCUCUGCUCACCCGCCUCAGUAGCAACAAGAAUUAGAUUCAUAGAGCGUCAGAAUUUGAAUAUGGGUCUUGGUCUGUAUUAUGGUUUUCUUCUUGUUGUACUAUGCAAUUUGUACAUGUACUGAAUCACACUUUACAUCAAAUAUCUGUACUUUAUUGGAUACAAGGAACAAUAAUUAAAAAUCCAGGUAAACGAAGAACCUAAUAAAGAAUGUAUUAUA